GUUAAAAGGACGACCACGGCGGCGACGGACGAACGACGAUCCCAUCGACGCAAGCCCAUCUCACACCGAGGACGGCAAGGAAGUGAGUGCCAUGGCGUCAAAGACUGUUCACCAACCCGCGACCGAGGAUGAGAUCCGUUUGGCCAAGCUGGGAUACCAGCAGAACCUGAAGCGCCAGUUCUCUGCCUUUCAAAACUUUGGUUUCGUCUUGACAAAUGCGUCUGUCUUGAUCGGUGUCAUUCCUCUCUACUCCUUUGCUCUGACAUUGGGUGGACCGGUCGCCCUUACGUGGGGUUGGCUCCUUGUGGCCUCAUUUGUCAUGUGUAUUGGUCUUUGCAUGGCUGAGAUCUGCUCAACUUAUCCCACUGCUGGUGGCCUCUACUACUGGACCGCAAAGCUUGGUGGUCGUAAAUACGGUCCAGUCUUCUCCUGGUUCGAAGCGUGGUUCAACUCUCUAGGUCAGGUCGCAGGUGCCUCUGGAUCUGUGCUUUCAGCAGCACAGCUUUUGGGUGCGAUGAUCACCAUUGCCAACCCUGGCACUGAAAUUAACGAAUACAAGACAUAUGGCAUCUUCUUGGCCCUUGUUAUUACUGGGGCCUUGGUCAAUACGAUGGGAGGGAUUGGCUUGAAAGCGACUAGCAUCUUUAGUGUCUGGGUUCACAUUCUCGGAACCAUUGUCAUUGUGAUCGUCCUUUUCGCUACCAGUUCACACAGGAACUCUGCAAAGUUUGUCUUCACUGAAUUUCAUGAUGGCAGUGGCUACACCGCUGCUGGGUACAGCAGCUUUCUGGUUUUCCUGCUUGGUUUGCUGCCAUCUCAAUGGUCUAUGCUCGGAUAUGACUCGUCUGCACACAUGUCCGAAGAAACCCAAGAUUCUUACAUCAACGGACCUCGUGGCAUUGUGUACACCAUCAUCGCGGCCGUCGUCAUGGGUUGGGCUUUGAUUCUGGGUCUUAACUUUAACGUUGAUGACAUUGAGGCUGCUAUCGCGUCUGGAAAUGCUGCCGCGUAUGUAUUUACACAAUCUGCGGGAACCAAUGGAGGUCUUUUCCUCCUUUCUAUUGUUGUGUCUGCUGGGUGGUGUUGCGGUAUCGGUACUCUUGCGGCCAACUCCCGUAUGUUCUAUGCCUUUGCCCGCGAUGGCGGUCUUCCUUAUUCAAAGUUUUGGGUUGGGCUCGAUGAAAGAUCUGGAAUGCCAAUCCGUCUUGUGUGGCUGUCAGCACUUCUAGUCUGCAUCCUCGCCAUCCCAUCCAUGUUUUCCCUAUCGGCUCUUUCGGCUGUAUCUGGUAUCUCCAUUAUUGGAUUUACUGUAUCGUACGCGAUUCCGGUCUUUCUACGCAUCACCGUUGGCCGGAAGAAUUUUGUACAAUCCGAAUUCAACUUGGGACGCUGGUCGUAUCUUUUGGGUGGACUCGGAUGUGCGUGGACAGCUCUUGCGUUUGUCCUGUUCAAUUUGCCGCAGGCGUGGCCCGUCAAAGCAAGUGAGCUAAACUACACCCCAGUGGCAGUUGGCUUUAUGCUGUUAUUUGCCGGUGGGUGGUGGGCGCUCGAUGCACGACGAUGGUUCAAAGGCCCUACUGCGGACAUUGACAUGGACUCCAUCGCAAAAGCCGAAUUCGCUGAAGCUCAACGGGCACUUGAAAUCAAGGUGCCGAGCGACGAGACCUUGCCUGUCGUCUAACACUGCGAACGUGUUGCUAUUUUUGCAUACUAGUAUUUAAUUAAUUGUAGAAUUUAUUAUUUGUGUGCUGUGCGCUCCUCAUAAAUCUCAUAUAGUCCUCCCCUUGGAG